UUCACCCUGAAGCUGAAUUGUAGUGCAAUGCAACAACUACAUUUGCCAUAAUUUUCAUUAACAAUCAUCAAGAAUACCUAUUCAAGGGUAGCAUGACCAUCGGAGAAAAAGCCACGGAGGGUGAUAAAAAUGGUGGACAUGAGAAUGCAAACAAUGAAUCCCCUGCAGUUCCACCAGAAGCAACAGCAGAUGAGAUGUUUGAUGAUUUUCUUAAACAGCUAUGCAAUGACGAUGAUGGUUUACCACUGGAAAAUGAUGUUUUUGACGGUCUUCUACAACCAUAUGAGAGGAAUACUCUGGAUGAUGUUUUACUAGGAGUUCUUAAAGAGAUGGAAGAAGGAGAACGGAGAGAAAUGGUAGCAGAUACUCCAUCACAUAGUGUCAGAAAAGACGCAACUCCAACUGUAGAAGAUGAAGUAGGAGGCAACAUGGGUGCAGUGAAUCCAAUCCUCACCUCAGAAAACUGUUCAAGUGGUAUGAAUAACACCACAGUUGGAUUUAGUAAUCUGAUAUUCUCUGACACAACAGGAAACUCAGUGAAUCAAUUUCAAUCACCAAGCUUCCCAAUGCUUACUUGUGGUGGUAGUAGCAGCAGCAUUCACCAACCAUUUCCAAAGCCCCUUCAAUUCCAAGCGAUUGGAAUCACUAUACGAGGAACUGCUGCAAUGAAGCAUCGAUUUAAUCAGGGACUUCUUUCCCCUCCUCCACCAUCUCUCGCCGAUUUUCAUGCCUUCGUCUGUGCAUGGGAGGGAUGUUUGAUUGGAAAAGUUUAUCCGAAUCGUGAAUCUCUUAAUGUUGCAAAGGCAGUGAGGAAACCAACAUCACCUGUCACGCUUACUUCUGAUUGGAGGAGUACCCUGCGAAUCGUCUGCUUCUUACCCACAAAGACUGUGAACUAUACACUGAAGAUAUGUGGCGGAGCAAUUGAUUAUGUGUUCUUUCACGUAACUGAAUUCAACAACCUUGACGUGUACGAGCAUCUGAGCAAAAAGAAAAUGUGUGCAAAAGUUGAACUCCCUUCAGAGACUAUAAUCUUAUCUGCAACCGAAAGCAAAUAUCACUACUUAGGAACAAUUAUUCCUAGGGAUACAGUAUUUAUUCAACCCGUCUAAGUUUGCAUUUUGGCUCCAAAGAGCGAGACCAAAAUCAUGGACAGAAGGACAUGAAAUCACAGAAAGAGAUCAUGAAGCAAUUGCAUUGUAUCAUGAAAUCGAGGAUGAAUACAAACCAGUAUUCCCUGAUAUUGUUACAUAUAAUAAAUAUCAAAUAAUAAGACUGAAAUACCGUAUAAAUAAUUGUAAUAGUUAGUACAAAAAUGACUUGGACUUUUGUUAAACUCAGUACUAGGAG